AUGUCGUUAUCAAAUCGAGAAGUAGACAACGGUCAGAAACGAAAAUCAAAACCUAGGAGGAACAGAACCACUUUCAGCAGUGAACAGCUAAGCGCACUUGAAAGAGUGUUUGAGAGAACACACUAUCCGGAUGCCUUUGUCCGAGAAGAACUUGCUAGGCUAGUUUCCUUGAGUGAGGCGAGAGUUCAGGUUUCCUGGUUGUUCCAUCACUCUCACUUUCACUUACAUAAUAAACACUAGCAGAACGACACACGGGAAAUGUCUCAUUUUGUGACAAUUGUUACACUUAGCCGAUCUAGCUGGACAUCUGUAGUGAGAAGUUUCACAACCACAAUGAUCACAGAGUUCAGAAAGUUGCUCUUCUUUGGAUGUUGGGUUCGAUGUGUCUCCAUAGUGAGGGCUGGAGCUACCCGGUGUGUUGUGACCGACGAACUACACCUCUAGAAUGGCCGCCAGAUAGCAAACACUGAAAAAAACGUUUCCUAAAUUCAAGGCGACGCCGUGUUGACCUAAGAAAAUUGGAUACUUAAAAAAAGUGGACAAGAAACGAAGUCUUAGAUGAAGAAAACGGUAUUGCCUUGGUCGACGAAAACGCGAUUUCUUGAACCAAAACUCCUGUUACAUUGAAGCACGAAAACGUUUCCUUCAAAUUA